AUGGUCAGUCAAAUAAUGGGUCUAGGUGGUGUCCAUAGUCCUUAUCAAUGCAAUCGCUGUAAGUAUUUAAAAAUGGGAUUAUAUUAUUAUAGAACGGAUGAAGAAGAAGCAGAAUAUAGAAAGAAAUAUGAUUCGUCGACGAUGGAAGAGAUAGACGAAGGUGUGGAAGAUGGUGAUGGACUAAUUCAACCAAGAAAAUCACAACGUGGAAGAAUGAAAACAACAACAAGAAGUCGAUCUUCAUCAUCACAACGAGGACGUAGACGAGAAACAACGGCAGCGGCAACAACUACAGGCACAACAACGUCGAAACCAAUUGAAUCAAAAUUAGAGGCAAUUCCAAAGGUAGCUAAAAUUACACGGGAAGAUGUUUUCAAGAGAUGGUCAGCAUAUGAUGUUGAUCGAGGAGCCAGAACAUUGGAAGAACAUUUAGAAGGAAUAAGACAUGCUUAUCCAAAAUAUGGUUAUGCUAAUAAACCAAUAUAUGGAAGAAACUUUGAUUACAAAGAUAUAGUAGUAGACCUAUUACAUAUGAAAUUAAGAAUUUGUGACGCUCUAUUAAAACAUGCAAUUAAAAUAGCUAGUGAAGUAGGUGAAGAUGGAACACAAGAUGAUAUUAAAAAGCAGACGGAUGAUGCAUUAAUAUGUUUUGAAAAGUUCAAUGAACUACAAAGAGCUGGUAUGGGAUUUAAAAUAGAAGCAAAUCUAAUUGUUGUAGUUGGUUUGGUGAAUGAACAAUCUGCACAAAAUAGAGAAAUCGAUUCUUUUCAAAUUAAACGCCUCCUGGCUUUGUAA